UUCUUGUCUAUUUAACGCGCAGGUGCGACCUCAACACUUGACAUCUGUAUUCUUGCAAUCGUGCAGGUGGAUUUUAAGAGUUAUCUAAUACUAGACUUGAAGAAAACAUAAGCUUAGACACGAUGACGACACCACUUAGUAACGGCCAAAUUCUUCAAAAAAUCUUGAUAAUCGUGCUGCUGUUUUUUGUCCUGAUCAUCGCCGUGAUACUAUACAUGUAUUUUGGGCUGCCAGGUAAAUAGGAGUCCGAAGCAGGCAGAAUAAUUGCGGUCAUAGCUAUGAUCGUUCUAGUUGCGUGUAUGCUGGUGAUAGGAUGGGAUCUCGUCCUUCACUUCCGCAGCACCAGAGAGCAACCGUUAAACCAUAUUACAACAGACCCUGUGAAUCCUGGUAACGACCUGGAGAUUGGAGCCCCACCACCAACUCCGGUAGCUGGUGUUACCCGGCAGCGUUUAGGCUUCCGCAGCAUUUUCUCGAAUGCAAAUGCGUCCUUUAGAUCGACAUCUACUACAAGUUCAAGAUGGUCCAUGAGGAACAUAUUCGAGAACGUCAGAUUUCCCAGGCAAAGAGAAACUUCUGGCAGCAGUUCCGGGGACCCUGGGACACCUCCUCCGCGCUAUGAAUCCUUGGAAAGAUUGGCUGUUAUAACAGGAGACGAAAGCUUUUUCCGUCGCCAAGCUGCAGCUAGAGCUGCAAAUGAUGAGAUGACUAUAAGCCCCGCAGAUCCCGUGAAUGCUAGUCACUCUGAAUCAGAAGAAGCAGCUAAAGACUCUGCAUCAGAGGGCGCGGUUCCAAUCGAUAGAGUCCCCCUAGCGACUGAAGUGCAGCCGGCGGAAACUUCUGUAGAACUGCAGGAACGUGAUGAAGCGCAUUGUGCCGAUGCAGAGGUGGCCGCUGAAGAUGGUGCCCCGUCGGGCGCCGCUGACGAGGUGUCUGCCGAAGAUGGUGCCCCGUCGGGCGCCGCUGACGAGGUGGCCGCCGAAGAUGGUGCCCCGUCGGACGUCGCGGACGAAGUGUCUGCCGAAGAUGGUGCCCCGUCGGUCGUCGCGGACGAGGUGUCUGCCGAAGAUGGUGCCCCGUCGGUCGUCGCGGACGAGGUGGCCGCCGAAGAUGGUGCCCCGUCGGUCGUCGCGGACGAGGUGGCCGCCGAAGAUGGUGCCCCGUCGGCCGUCGCGGACGAGGUGGCCGCGGAAGAUGUUGCCCCGUCGGGCGCCGCGGACGAGGUGGCCGCCGAAGAUGUGGCCCCGUCGGGCGCCGCGGACGAGGUGUCUGCCGAAGAUGGUGCUCCGUCGGGCGCCGCGGACGAGGCGUCUGCCGUAGAUGGUGCCCCGUCGGUCGUCGCGGACGAUGUGGCCGCCGAAGAUGGUGCCCCGUCGGUCGUCGCGGACGAUGUGGCCGCCGAAGAUGGUGCCCCGUCGGUCGUCGCAGACGAUGUGGCCGCCGAAGAUGGUGCUCCGUCGGUCGUCGCGGACGAUGUGGCCGCCGAAGAGGGUGCCCCGUCGGCCGUCGCGGACGAGGUGGCCGCCGAAGAUGGUGCCCCGUUGGUGGUUGUCGGGAACGGGCAAGCCUCUCCUCCAGGACGUCUUGGCAAGGAUGUUGUAAUACCCACGGAAAGAGAAAGAAAUGGCAAAUGAGCAGUUGAUGGGGGUUUUUACGCAAGACAAAAGUGAACACUUGCCAACUGCAGUAACUGUAGUUUUUAGCUCAUUGGCUCGCAUAUUAUGUCUAGCCUCUACUUUUAAGUUCUAUUUUACUGAAAUAUGUUGUUGAUCAUGUUCUUAAUUUACAGUGUGAAACACUGUCGUUUUGGUGGUUUGUAGGAUUGCAGUCAUUUAGUUUGAUUUUACUUGUUUAGGACAUUUCGAUUGUUUUCUUCAAUUUAAAUGAGGACAUAA